UAGCGAGGAGAGGAGGCCGUCGAUGCACCGCGCUCGCACCAGCCCGAAGCCAGAGCGAGUAGAGCGUUGAGGAGCCGCGGGCCCGAUUAUGCCCAGCUGACGCGCGCCAUGUACCCUGGGCACGUGACGUCCGGAUGACUCUUGUGCGACCCGUGCGGUGGGUCUCGUUAAGUGGGCCAGCUCGGGCGCCGUCAGGGCCCCGUUAUUAUUGAUCAGUGCCCGUGGCCCGGAAGUGCGCGUUCCCGCUCGCGGUGCAGAUCGACGGUGGCCAACGAGCGAGAGAGCGCGAGAACGACGUUUAGCUAGUGCCACGUGCGGCUAAUUGGCCGAGGCAUGCUGAUGCGGGGACAUCGAUCGGUGGAUAUUAGCUGAUCGGCCCUGGGAGAGCUCGACGACGAGGAGGACCGAGGCAUCGAUCGGCGACAAGAUUCUGUCUCCCGGCUAUCGAGCGAGUCCUGGGCUGCCCGCGACAGAGGCAGCCGCCCCGUCGGCAGCUGGAGCUGGCCGCGACACCCUAAGCCCCGAGAUGACGGUCCAUCAUCAUCGACCGAACCACCACGUGGCCGCGCUCAGUGGCAUCGCUCUGGCCAACGGCGCCGGGAACGGGCUCAAUCUUAGCCGCAUGUCCGCGAACCUGGAGGCGCACCGUGGUCUCGAUGGCAUCGUCGAGAGGAACGGCCUCGGCCUCGAGAGGUUGAGCAACGGCCUCGACUCCCGCAACCCAAUCGGCCUCGGCAUUAGUCUCCACGCCGGUAGCGCCAGCAGCAACAACAAUAACAACAACAACAACAACAACAACAACAACAACAACAACAGCAAUAACAACAAUAACAAUAAUAGUCUCGAGAGGGGAGACGCCUCGACGACGAUGCCUCACAGAUCGAGAUUCAUGAUCACGGACAUACUUGCGGGAGCGUCGAGCCCCUCGAGCCUACAGAGCCAGGAGCCACCGGCCAGUCCACCCUCGACGCCUAGGGAUCUCAGUAUCAGGCAUCAGUCGAGAUCAUCGCUGAACAAUAGUAACGUCGACGAGGAUAGCGACGCCAGUCAUCACGACACCGUCUCCGUCUCCUCGAAUGGCGGCAAAGAAGACGAUCCGAAGGGUCCGUCGAAUUCCUUGAGCUCAUCGCAAAGUAAAAAGCAGAGGAAAGCACGAACGGCGUUCACGGAUCACCAGUUACAGACCCUGGAAAAGAGCUUCGAGCGGCAGAAGUAUCUGAGCGUUCAGGACAGGAUGGAGCUGGCGGCGAAAUUGCAGCUCACGGACACACAAGUGAAAACAUGGUAUCAAAAUCGAAGGACGAAAUGGAAACGGCAGACGAUGGUCGGCUUCGAGAUAAUGGCGGAGGCCGGCAACUUCGCUGCCUUUCAGCGCCUCUACUCGGCAGCCGGGGUUCCGGCCCACCCCUCGGCCGGGCCCUACUGGCCGUAUCCCGGGGCCGCGGCCGCUGUCGCCCACCACGCGCAGAACGACCUCCUCUAUCGGCAGACUCACGGUGCCGUGGUCACCCUUCAGAAGCCCAUGCCCUAUCGGCUCUACCCCCCGGCGAUGAUGCUCGCCGGCCCGAGCGCACCUCUCGGCGGCCUCGCCGCCAGCUCGACCCUCAAUAGCCUCAGCAGCUACUACAGCCGAGACAGUCCCGGUGCCGAGGCUAUGGAGCAGCAUCAGCAUCACAACAGCAACAGCAACAAGAGCGUCGAGCGAACGUCGCCACCACGGGAGUCGUCCGAGACGCCGGGGAGCCUCUGCAAGCCCGACAGUGACGACGAGAGCAUACACGACGUCUAG